ACAAGCCUGCUGUGUUGGGCGGGCCUACAAAGGCGGAGGCCGGAAGUGCAGCAGAGUUGCUCCGGCCUGGGCUGGGGUCCCUAGGGUUGUGAGGCUGGCAUGGCCGCACUGCGAAGGCACGUGUUUGUUGGAAAAGUACUGAAGAAACUUUAUCCUGAGGUUUCCCACGGCCAAGAAAAGAGGGCCCCUGUGACUCCAGCCUCCAGAAACCCACCUGAGAAAGUGCCUCCUGAGAGAGUGAAGGGUCAGAGCGACCCUCCUGAGACAGGUGGUGACACUCGGGUCCAGCCCACGCGGCGACUCUAUACCGUGGGCCUGCCUCCGGAGGGGUGGGUCCCCCCUCCACCGGAGCCCCCGAGCUGCUCAAGUUCAGAGAGCUCUUCCAGCAGCGAGGACACAGGAGAUCAGGAUCUUCACGAUCUGCCAAAGAGAAGAAGAAUUAGAAAGCAUAAAUCAAAGAAAAAAUUUAAAAAUCCCAAUAACAUCCAUGUAGAACCAGCAGAAUCAGAGAAACAGCAGAGUCUUCUGCAAGAAAAAUUGCAGCCACGGCACACAGAUGGCCCCACAAUAAGCAAAAAUAAAAAAAGGAAACUCAAAAAGAAGCAGCAAAUGCAAAGGAAGAAAGCAGCUGGCUCACUAACAGGAGCCUCUGGCAUGCACUUCAUGUACCAGCCUGAGGAGACCAGCAGUGAGCAGGAGGAUGUGCCAGUGACUGAUGGAGAGUGUGCUGGAGGGGCCACGGGGGGCGGGGCUGCGGGCGCUGUGGAGGAGAGGAUCCUGCCCCUUGAGGAGGGCAGAGUCCUGGACGCUGAGGAGGAAGAGGUGAAAAGUACCAAUGAAAAGGCAGAUGGUAUCCUGAACUUUUUGAAGUCAACACAAGAAAUUUAUUUUUAUGAUGAUGUCUCCAAGGAUUCCAAUUCUGGUGUCUUUAUGGAAAGUACCAACGAGCUAUUUAAACAACUAGAAACUCACAGUGUGUCCCCCUCAGACGUGUUCAUUCUGGAUCACAUGAAAACGCUGCUACUUUUGCACGACACCAAGAGAUUGAAGAGUGCCCUGGACGUGUUCCCGGAACACUGCAGGAUGCCACCUGAAUAUGCCCGAGUAAUCUCAGCUUUCUUUAAUUACUGGAUCACGCAUAUUCUUCCUGAGAAAAAUGAUGAAUGAAAUCAGUGCAUCUACUUAAAAAGAGCUAAUAUUUGACAAGAAAAUAGAAAAGACAGGUAUGAAAUGGUCUGAGACUUACUUCCUAUACACAGAGGAGAUGAAAUUCUCUUCUAAGUUUUCUUUAUAACCCAGACCCUGGGAACUCUGAGGACAUUUCUGCCAUAUUAUUUAUUUAUAUGUUUGUACAUAGUAGGUAAAGGUAGUCUGAGACUUCAAGUGAUAAAUUGGGAUAAAAUUGAAAAUUUCUUUGAAAUUUUGUAUGUCUUAAAUUUUAAAAUGGACAUUCUGUUAAACUGAAUAAACUGUAUAGUUUGAAGCUAUAUGUAUAUAUUUUUAUAAAGUUUUAAAUUACAUGUGUCUGAAAGUUUAAGAAUGUUGUAUGGGUAUUAAAAUGUUCAUUUUAAGUAGUUUGAUUCUACAGUAAUUGAAUUUAUUUAUUGUUUUCUUCUGUUUUUCUUCUUCUCUACUUUGGGAAUAAUAUCAAGAACAUAUUUUUCCUGUUUCCUCUUGUUGUGGAAGCCAUCACCAGUUUUCAGUGAGAUUGAGUUUUAAAAGCACCAGUCAAUGCAGUGUUAUAGGACAACAUUGUCUCUACCUAUAAAAAUAUACAUUUUUUAUUGUGGUAAAAUAUAUGUAACAUAAAUAUGCCAUCUUGAAGUGUAUGAUUCAGUAGCAUUAAGUACAUUCACAGCAUCACGAGGUCAUCAUGACUAUCCUCCCUUGUUUUAGGCUGAACGAUGUUCCACACUGUUUAUCUACCAUCUGUCCUCGGACACUGGGUUGUUGCCCCUGUUUCCUCUUAUGAAUAAUGCUGCUGUGAACAUUACGUACAAAAUUGUGUGUGGACAUUUUCUUCACUUCUCUUGGGAGUGAAAUAGCUGGGUCAGAUGGUAAUUCUACAUUAACCUUUUGAGGAGCUUCCAGGCUGUGGUCCACAGCAGCUGUGCUGUCUUCAUCCCCACCAGCCAAACAGAAGUACUGAGUUCUCUGCGUCCCCACCAGUACUUGUUGUUUUCCACUUUUCUGAUAACAGCCAUCCUUGUGGUUGUGUAAAAAGGCAUUGCAUGGUAGUUUCAGUUUACAUUCCAUGUACUCAUUAGCUGUUCUCCUCUUUGGAGACAUACUUGAAGUUAUUACCCAUUUGUGAAUUAGAUUAUUAGCUUCUUGUCAUUGAAUUAUGAGUUCUUUAUACUGGGUAAUAUGGCAACUCCAGUUUCUUGAGGAACCUCCGUACAGUUUUCCAUAGUGGCUAUACCAGCUUACAUUCCAGCCAGCAAUGUAGGAGGGUUCCCUUUUUUUUUCCAUUCCCUUUCCAGUAGUUAUUAUUUGUAGACUUUUUAAUCAGGGCCAUUCUGAGCAGUGUAAGGUGGUACCUUAUUGUAGUUUUGAUUUGCAUUGCUCUAAUAAUUGGUGAUGUUGAACAUCUUUUCAUAUGCCUGUUGGCCAUUUGUAUGUCUUCUUUGGAGAAAUGUCUACUUAGGUCUUCUGUCCAUAUUUUGAUUGGGUUGUUUGAUAUUGAGUUGUAAGAGCUGUUUGUAUAAUAUAUUUUGGAAAUUAAGCCCUUGUCAGUCACGUCAUUUGCAGAUAUCUUCUCCCAGUCCAUAGGCUAUCUUUUUGUUCUAUUGGUUUCUUUGCAGUACAAAAGCUUAUAAGUUUGAUUGGGUCCCAUUUGUUUAUUUUUGCUUUUAUUUCUAUUGCCUUGGGAGACUGAAUGGUACAAGUCAUAUCACAGAAUGUUUGUCCAUGGAAUUUUAUGGUGUCAUGUCUUAACAUUUUGAGUGUAUUUUUGUGUGAGGGUGUGUCCUUAACGUCACUGAUUUACGUGUGGUUGUCCAGCCUUCCCAACACUGAAGAGACUGUCUUUUCUCCGUUACAUGUUCUCGCCUCCUUUGCUGAAGACUGACUGUAGGCAUGUGGACUUUAUUUCUGCGCUCUCUAUUCUAUUCCAUUGAUCCGUAUAUCUGUUUUGUUCUGGUACCAUGCUGUUUUACUCUAGCUUUGUAGUAUUGUCUGAAGUCCAGGAGGGUUAUACCUCCAGCUCUAUUGUUUUUCCUCAGAAUUGCUUUGGUAAUUCUGGGUCUUUUAUGGUUCCAUAUAAGAUUUAGGAUUAUCUGUUCUAGUUCUGUGAAAAAUGUCAUAGGUAAUUUGAUGGUGAUCACAUUCAAUCUGUAGAUUGCUUCAGGUAGUAUGGCCGUUUUAGCAAUAUUAAUUCUUCUAAUCCAAGAAUAUGGGUUAUCUUUCCAUUCCUUUGAAUCAUCUUCAAUUUCCUUUAUUAAUGUUUUAUAG